AUGUCCAUCAUACACCGCGAACUUAUAACGAAGGAGAGAUUUGAUUCAUUCGUGAUCGCUGAUUUGGAUGCUACAGAGAGGAUGGAAAAGAAGAUGGCUAUGGAUGUCGCCUGCAGAUCCACCACUACCAUCGGGGGGUUGCAGAACCUGUUUCGUGAUCUUGCCGAAGAUGAACUCCCAGAAAUGCCGCACCUCCUUGAAAUCAUCGAUGCCGAAAAGGGAAAAUGGAAUUCGCGCUCCCACGAAGAGCUCAUAGGGAUACCUUGGAACCUACCUUCCGAGCACUCAGAAGCUCGCAAGCUUCAAUACAUGACUGUUUUUUCUACAGGGGAUCGCGACCUUCAAGUCCCAAAAGCCUUUGAUCAUGAAGAUCUGGUAGGGAGCCCCUCGAACAGUGCAGGUCGAAGUAGCUUGAAUACUCCUCAAAGAGACCCGAACAAAAAGAUCUCGUUUGCAGCUUACCAUAAGAUGAAGAAAGACGGAAUUAAGCCUGUAUCAAGAACAUCUGCAACUCCGGACUCAGCUCCUCCCAAAGGUCAUGCAAGAAGUGCAAGCAAUGUCUCCAAUGCGACUCCAAUGGGUCGCGGGUCUUCUUUUGAGGGUUCUUUAAAUGGCGACCUACAAAAGAAUGGAAAUGCGAUACACUCUGCGAGCAAGGCAGAGCAUGGAGUCAAGAAUGGUAUCGAUAGAAAUCUAAACCCUCCACGAAACAAUUCUACCAAACCACAACAUCUCGCCAAUGGCAUGAAGAGCCGCACGGAACAAACAAAGGAUAUCUCGAGGUUUAAAGAAUUGAAUGCACCACAAAGCAGACCAUCUACAAAAAUGAGCUCUUCAAUCCCUACCUGGGAUGCACCCAUAAAGCACAGCUUACCUCCUCGCCCACAAUCUCCACGAAGAGUAGUCUCCGAUGGCAGAAACAACAAGCGACCAACGGAAUUAGACGAACCAUCUUAUGCAGAGAAGCGUGCCAGAACUGAUCGGGCAAAUACACAUCUCCAAAAAAUCGUCAAACCAGAAAAUAAUUCGUCCAAGGCGAAAGCCCCUCCUUCCAAUUCGAGCAAGUCAGAUGACCAUGCAUUCAGAUCCUCCAAAGGAACAGGGGAAGCGAAAUCAAAUAGACCAUCCGGGAAACCUGUUCACAAUUUACCACCAUUACUUUCACCACUUCCUGCUGACUUAACUACUCCUACCACCUUCGAUAGCCCCAAGAAAGUCGAUCAAAAAGCUUCCUCGUCGAAUACUCCAUCCAAGUCCAAGCCCUCUGUUAAUGGGAAGAAACUUCCACCGAAAGAAUUGUCAUUGCAACGAGAAGCUUCGCCAACCACACCUCCAAGAACGGCGUCACCCUUCAAACUUCCACCUUUACUUUCACCAACACUUCCUGACGUUGUCGAAGCAGCAUUAGCGGAGCUCAAGGAGAAAGCUGAUAAGCAAAAAGAAAGUGAAAAGAUUACGCCUGCGCCUGAGCAUCGUCAAGAGAAAUCAGGUUUGUUGACAGUUGAAGAGCGUCACACACAAGCGCGUAAACCUGAUGCACCUGGUGUCGCUCGCAAAACUGUCGGUGGUGCCAAAAUUGGCCAUCCUCCCAAAAGAUCUGCAUCAAAUACGCCUUUGCAGAAGCCUCGCGAAGUUUCAAAAGUUCCAGCUACGAGUCAAUCAUAUAUUGUCAAGUUGCCUUAUAGUAAAAAGAAGGCUACGACUAUUGAGCGCCUUGUCAGAUUAUCACCACGACCUUCGCCAGAUUUUUUGAAACUUGAGGCUAUUAGAAAGAGAGAUGGGUAUGAAGCCAUGAUGGCUCAUGGAUCUUCUAAGAAAGCUCCUGUUUUCUCCGCCGAUGUCGUUUUGGCUGAAUCUGCAUCGGAAUCUGAAGAGGAGAUACCUUUAUCAACUCAAAGCAGAAAAACAGUCUCUAAGAAACGCCCUAGCGAUGUUCCUCCUUCAAACUCUGAGCCCCCAACAAAACGCGCGAGACGUCCUGAUAAUCUUGAGGUUGCGUCUGCUAGAAAAACAGUUCCAAGUCCACUAAAAUCUCCUAUGCGUCCUGGACCAUCUCAAAAAGGUUUACUCGCCACACCCAAGAAAAAGGAAGGUUCCAGGGGUGCAGCUAUGGUCAGGGUUACUUCUAGUGAUGGAAAUCCUGAAACCCCUCAGGGUGCUAAUAUUACUGCAACGACUCCUCAAAGUAUCUCGGCAAGCAAAUCUGAGCAGAUUAGCGAAUUUGCUCGCAGCCUCAAGAAAAAGGGUGAACGUAUGACGAGAGUUGAUGGUGAUCAACUCAACCUUAAACCUGUUGCUGAACGGACAGCUGGGGUAAUGGUUGUGGUCGAGUGCAUUUGCCAGUACAUGAGAUAUUUCAAGGGACUCCCUUGUGCUAGUCCCAAGGAAAAUAGCUACAACCAAAGACAUGCCAACGCCAAUAAUUGGGAAGGCAUCGUUGCAAUGCUCAAUUGGCUUGGAGGUAUCAGUAAAGAUAUUCCUGUUCUGCAAGUUUUAUUUGUUCAUCUUCAAGCCUUUGCCCUCGAAGAACUAACUCGUGCUUUGAUCGGGAUACGGAAUUCACCAGGCAAUUCUGAAGAGGACCGUACAAAGGAUCGCGGGGUUUGGUCUAAACAGCAUUCAGCCGAUUUGAAAAGGCAAGAUGCCUGGCGACAAAGUCAUAAUGUCGGGUACAGACUUUUAAAAGAUUUGUCUUGGAAGGGCGAGCCUACUGUCAUUGGACCUUGGACUAGUGUUGAUGCCAUCACAGCCUAUUGCAUGGAAGUUUGUACAGCAUACAACAAGAAGGAGAAAUCUGGCUGGAUAAAGGAAGUUGAGUUCUAG